CGAUGUGUCAAAUUCAAACAUGUAUUCUGUUUUCGUAGCUAUGUGAAAAUACUUUGAAUACUUGUUCAUUUUCACAAUGUGUUACUUAGGACAGCCAACAAACUCUUUUAGAACAAAUGUUUUGUGGCUAGCAGCGGAAUCCAGGAUGCGGAAUUAUUCCUAUUUGGAACUUGUCAACUGAAUGUACUUUGAUCAACGUGUUUAUGUUUAGAUUUUGAUCAACUACUAUUUUAUUCCAACUUGAACGAAAUAUUUACUAGGCUGCUGAGUUCAGAUAGACACUAACUUGUUCAGUGAUAAUGAUUUGAAUGUUUGCUAAUUUAUGGAAUCAUGAAUUAAAUCAUUUUAAAUAAUUUAAUUAAAGAACUUUCUGAUAACUGUGAUUAAUUGAUAACGAUGGAAUAUACAGCGUUGUAGUUGCUUUUACAAUUUCUCAAACGUUCUUCAUUUACUACAUGUAUUUUUCCAUUUAUUGUAUUAGAAAAUAAUAUGUAAAAUAAAGCGGAAAAAAGGAAAAGAAAAAAGUUGUUCUCAUUUGUUUGUCGCAUGUAGCAUGGUAAUCUGGUAAUUUAUUUUAUUUCCAAUCUGUCUUAGCAAUUAGUCUAUUUUAACAAAUAUAAUUGUGUCCAGUCGUGUCUUUAUAAACUGAGCUGGUUGCCAUAUGUGUUACGUAUGACUAACCAUAAUUCACCUCGAAGAGCUAUGUAAGCUUGUAUAGGAGUAAGUUGGGAAAGAGUCGGGGAGGGGGCGGCCAAACCAAGACUCGGUAUCGAUCCAUGAAGUCAUUGACUACUGGUCUGAGGCCGUCAGGUAAAUGGAGAUUGUAUCUGUGCAAAUAGUGGUUCAAGAUGCUGAGUAAAAGAUAGGUGCAUUCACUCUUUAUCCCACCCUAGAUCUUGAGCUCUGAUUUUCUUUCAUAUAUACCUUUUCUUAUGACUUUUAAAAACAUAUUCUUAAUGCUCGGUCUUACUCAUUAUUACUAACAUACCACUGAUCCUAUUUACUCAGUAUUCCAAUUUGUGAAUUUAAUCUCGUUGGUCUGAUGUAGUAUAGUAACUUUGCCCCGAUACUGAUUGUGAGUAACUAAUGUGUAAGACUGAGUUGUAUUGGUAUUUCAAGAAUAUCGCGAAUGCAUUCUAUGGUUAUAUUUUAGGUCUAUUAUCCAUAAAAUUCAAUCCAUCAUUAAACUCAAAGUUAGUAAAUUUCUUGCUGGUGGGAGGCCUAUGCCCCUGCACGAGGGGUAACAGGCGUAAGUAAAGUUCAAGACGUUCCAGUGAAAGUACUAGUUCAGUUGAUAGUGAAGUAAUUUUAGAAGCAGAACGCUUAGAAUUAGAACGUUUAGCUUUAAAAGAACUUGAAUUAGCAGUUUCUAAACCUGUAGCUUUUUCAGUUAGAACUAAUAUAAGUUUUGAUGGAGCCUUAUAUGGUUUGGAUGCACCAUCACCGAGUAGAGUUGUUAGUUUUGGUAUUAAAGAUUUUCUACAUAUUAAAAAACGUUUCAAUCAAGAUUGGUGGAUUGGUCGUGUAGUUCGAAUAGGUAGUCCAAUUGGUUUUAUACCUAGUCCAUCUAAACUUGAAGUAAUCAAUAAUAUUAUCUUAUCAGCUAUUGCCACUGCUGCUAAUACUAAUGUGGUACACUUUGCCAAUGAAAUUCAAAAUCCAACAACUAAACCAGCCCCUGUUGGUGGAUUCGGAUCUGCCGACACAACGUUAGAACGUGGAGGAAAUCGUGGAUUGUUGUUGUCUAGCGAUGUAGAUCAUCGUGGACCAACUUUAACUGCUAAUCGUCAAAGGCAAUCGGAAUCACCUCCAGUUCAUAAAAAUUGGAAAGAUGCUGAUGCAUAUGAUGAAGAUGAUUUACGUGAUACAACACAAACUGUAGAGGUACCAGGACAACCAACUGCCAAGAAACCCCAACCUGUUGGGCCUGGAGUUAAGAAGAGACCAUUCUCUAAAAAGAAUGAAUUUGUGCCUCCAUAUGAAAUUGUACCAUGUAUGCGCCCUGUUGUAUUUGUUGGUCCAGCUUUGAAAGGUUAUGAAGUAACAGAUAUGAUGCAGAAAGCAAUAUUUGAUGCAAUGAAAAAGCAUUUUGAUGGAAGAAUUAUUGUUAGUCGUGUCAGUACAAAUAUAUCAUUGGCUAAACGUGUUGGAGAAUUAUUGCAUUUGGAUAAAAAGAAUAUUAUGGAAAAAGGACGUAGUCGACAGCUUGUCUCUCUAAUUGAAGUUCAACAAGAUUUAGAAAGAAUAUUUCAUUUGGGUAGUAAAAUGCAAUUACUUUUACUAGAUUGUGAUACAAUUAAUCACCCAAAUCAAAUUACUAAAACAUGUUUAGCACCUAUUGUAAUUUAUAUAAAAAUUGCCAGUAUACGUGUAUUGAAUCGUUUAAUUAAAAAUCGUGGCAAAUUACAAAAAAAGAAUGCUGGUGUACAAACAGCCGCCGCUGAAAAACUAUUACAAUGUUCACCAGAAUCAUUCGAUUACGUAAUAGAUCAAAAUACUUUAUCCGCUGCAACAGAAGCAUUAAGUCAUUUCUUAGAAGGUUAUUGGGCAGCAACACAUCCUCCUUUAAUAGUUAGUAAAGCUGAACGUCUUCUUGGCUCAUUUUCUGCUCCAGUACCUGAAACGAAAGAAGUUGACUCAGAUCGCCCACUUGUGCCUAUGACACCUGGUCAUCCAGGGCUGAGUGUAGUUACCAAAUCUGCAUUAAGUGCAGGAUUUACUAGUCAAGAAAUUAGUGAAUUAACCGGAGCAAGAGCAACUGGUUGGUUAACAGAAAAUGGUGGACAAGUAGAAAAUGAACUUGGACUUACUGGUGUACAUCACGCUGGUAGUGUUGGUAGUGAAUUUCAUAAUACACAUUUUGGUGGAAGAAAACUUAAGAUUGAUCAUAAUAAUAGUCCUGAUGGCCUUAACACAGGACAUUUUUCAGAUGAUGAAAAUGAAGGUUCACGUUCAAAUUAUCCUCGUACUGGUCGAUUACAUGUGGGUGCUGCGAGUGCAGCAGCAAUCGCUGCUGUCGCCGCUGGACUUACACCUAAAGUUCACUCGUUACAUCCAUCAUUAUUUCAAGGUGAAAAUAAACGAAAUGGUUCAGUAAUUCGUGAUAUAAAUGGCAAUACUACACAUGAAGCACCUGGUCUAACUAUGGGUUUAGGAUUGGGCAUAGCGAAUGGGGUUGCAGCCACUAUCAGUGCUGCUCUAUUCCCGAGUCAUAAUAAUACUAGUCAUCAUCAGCAUCAUUUAGCAGAGACUCAUCAUCAACCAACAUCAAGAAUACCACCUCCAACAAUUGCUGCCGCAGCUGUAGCUUCUGUAGUUUCGCCACCAUUAAAAGACUUAGGUAUUCAUCAAGUGGAAGGAAGUGAUGGAACACAAGUCUAUCAAAGUAGAUCAGCCCGUCAAGCAAAACAACGUGAAGAACAAUUAGCACGAGUAAAACAAGAAGUUGAAGCUAAAGCUUUAGCAUUACAAGCUACAGCAGGUGGUCGACGAAAACGUCGAGAUAAAGAAAGAAGACAAAGAAAUCUUGAUGGUUAUUGGGAUUCACAUGAUGAACAUUAUCAUACUCAUGGAACAAAUGAUUUAUCACAACAUUCUCAUCAAUGGAAUGGACCACCCGUCCGAUCUAUGGCAAGAGCAUGUCCACCUGACGAUUGAUUUAUUGAUUAUUUAUAUACUUAUUUAAUAAACUAACAACUUCAAUGACUGAUUCCUGUCUCUUUCUUUUUUGCUGGUAACUUUUUUAUUUUACACAUUGCUCAUGAAUGCUUUCACGUUAAUUUUUAUUUUCUGUUUGUUUCUCAUUUACAAGAAAUGUAUCCGUAUACAAUUUAAAUCAAAAGACAGUCAGUAACAACGCAGAACUUCGUACGUAUGUACAUCAAUCCGAGUUGCCAUACUACAUUAGCACAAAGAUGCAAUUGUCGAUUCAAAUUCCAUAGUGCUAGAUGUAGUAAAAUUAUAAGCUGUAAUCAGAAAAAUUAGGGUUUGAAGAUGUUAUUCAAGGAGUGUAAUCCAGUGAAAGAAAUUUGGAAAGAGAAAAAAGAAGGGGAUAUGAAGAAUUCAGAAGAUUAGGAUUUGGGAGAACACAAAGAGUGG